GCAUCAAACUCACUCUCCAGACCCAUCUCUUCAUAUACCCGGCGAAACUGCACUCGGUGCAAUGCUGUGAAGCCAGGGCUGAGUAUGCGUUGGGGAUUGGCGAUGGUACUCACUGUUUCUUUCCUUUGGGCUGUUUGAUCUUCCGGACCACGGGACUCUCCUUCAGCCGAAUUCAUUCCGCUCUGUUCCACUUUUGAGCUAUCGUUACCGAGCUGAAGGCGCACGGAUAUUAUGGACUAGGAGUUUUUUUAAAAUUCCACAAUGGCAUUCGCGAUCUUCAGGACAGUGCUUGCACUUGUUCACAUCACACCAGUUCUAGGAUUCGGUGUAGACCCAGCCCUGGAAAUCGACCUUUUCUCUGCAUUAGAACUGGAUGGCUCAACAGAGGGAAUCGUGCAAGUGCAAGGAUUCCACAACGGGAGCAGAGCAUUUUUGUUUCAAGAUACUGCAAGAAUUCUGAAAGCAUCCCCAAUUGCAGUCGAGCAGAUUUCUCAGAAGCUGAGACACACACGGGAGUUCACUGUUCUGAUUACCCUGAAGCAGGUCCACUACAAUUCAGGAGUCUUUCUGUCAAUUCAUCAUUCAGAUAAGAGAUACCUGGAGGUGGAGAGCAGCGGACAUCGGAAUGAAGUGCGUUUUCAUUAUCGAUCUGGGAGCCAUCAGUCUCACACAGAGGUGUUCCCGUACGCUUUGGCUGAUGGCCAGUGGCACCGAGUUGCCUUGGUUGUUAGUGCAUCCCACUUGAUUUUAUAUGUGGACUGUAACAAGAUUUAUGAACGACUUAUCGAAAGGCCGUGUAUGGACAUUCCAACUGGCUCAACACUUUGGUUAGGACAAAGAAAUAAUGUACAUGGCCUUUUCAAGGGUGUGAUGCAGGAUGUGCAGAUUCUGGUGAUGCCACAAGGAUAUAUCACUCAGUGCCCAGACCUCAAUCGAACUUGUCCAACAUGCAAUGACUUCCAUGGACUUGUGCAGAAGAUUAUGGAGCUCCAAGAUAUUUUAGCCAAAACCUCAGCAAAGUUAUCUUAUGCCGAGAAAAAGAUGAACAGUUUGGAUCAGUGUUACUGUGAGAAGAGUUGCAAGGUGAAAGACAGAGUCUACAGGGAGUCAGUGUACUGGACAGAUGGCUGUAAGAACUGCACUUGCAAGAAUGGAACAGUGCGGUGUAAGAGGCUGAUCUGCCCCCCUGAGAAUUGUCCUCCAGGUAAAGCUCCUGUCUAUGUGGAAGGCAAAUGCUGUAAGGAAUGCCAACCUGUAUGUGUCCUUGGCAACAAAUUUUACUACAAUGGACAAAGGACGACAGAAUGGAAAGCAUCAGGAGAAUGUUAUCUAUUGGAGUGCAAGGACAAAUCCAUGCAGCGUAUUUCAUAUCCAAGGUGUCCGUUGCUGCCCUGUUCACCAUCGAAUCAAAUUUCGUUAACAGACAGCUGCUGUAAGAUUUGCAGAGGCUAUGACUUUUGCGCUGAGAGCUCCAAUUGCAUUGAGAAUUCUGAAUGUGUAAACUUGGAAGCUGGUGCAACUUGUAGAUGUAAAAUUGGCUUCACACCUCUCCGUGAUGAUGAAGCCUACUGUGAAGAUAUUGAUGAGUGCGCUCAGGAUAAGCACUACUGCCGAGAGAAUACUAUUUGUGUGAACAGUCCGGGAUCCUACACCUGUAUCUGCAGAAUGGGUUACAUUAAAGUUGAUGACUACUCCUGUACAGAACAUGAUGAAUGUAGCACAAAUCAACACAGCUGUGAUGAGAAUGCUCUGUGCUUUAAUACCGUUGGAGGUCACAAUUGCAUUUGUAAACCGGGAUAUACAGGCAAUGGUGUUCAAUGUAAGGCGUUCUGUGAGGAUGGCUGCAGAAAUGGAGGUACCUGCAUCGCUCCCAAGGUCUGUGCAUGUCCACAAGGAUUCACAGGACAACUCUGUGAAACAGACAUUGAUGAAUGUGCGGAGGGCUUUGUUCAGUGUGACAGCCGUGCUAAUUGCAUCAACCUCCCUGGAUGGUACCAUUGUGAGUGCAGGGAUGGCUACCAUGACAAUGGGCUCUUUGCUGCAAAUGGAGAGACAUGUGAAGACAUUGAUGAAUGUGGGACCAGGAGGCACAGUUGCACCAAUGACACCGUCUGCUUUAACCUCGAGGGAGGUUACGACUGUAGAUGUCCUCAUGGGAAAAACUGUACUGGUGAUUGUGUCCACGAAGGCAAAAUAAAACACAACGGACAGAUUUGGGUAUUAGAAAAUGACAGGUGCUCAGUCUGCUCCUGCCAGACUGGCUUAGUAUUGUGUCGACGGAUGGUCUGUGACUGUGAAAACCCAACUGUGGAUCUUUUCUGUUGCCCUGAGUGUGACCCACGGCUAACCAGUCAAUGUCUGAACCAAAAGGGAGAUGUGACCUAUAAGAGUGGAGACACUUGGGUGCAAGAUUGUCAACAGUGCCAUUGCGUGCAAGGUGAGGUGGACUGCUGGCCUCUGCAAUGCCCAGAAGCUGACUGUGAAUUUAGCCUGGUCCUCGAGGGCGAAUGCUGUCCACAGUGCGUUGAGGAUCCUUGUCAAGCCAGUAAAAUCCGCAACGAUAUCACCAAGACUUGCAUAGAUGAGAUUAAUUUGGUUCGCUUUACUGGAUCAUCGUGGAUAAAACAUGGCACAGAAUGUACCCUCUGCCAAUGCAAGAAUGGUCACAUCUGCUGUUUAGUGGAUCCUCAGUGCCUUCAGCAACUCUGAGCCGAAAAGUACUAUAUAUAGCGUAUGUUGUGCCAUUUGUAUGGAUUUCCUGUUUAAUCUGCAGGACAAGAGUUAUUAUCAAAACACAGCUCUCUUCAAGAACAAGAACAACUUUCCUAUUAGAAAACAACUUUAUACCAAAUACAGAUUUACAUUCAUCCAAAAUUGAAGCUAUUAUUUCAAGUGGAAAUCCCAUUGUAGAGCAAGGACUGAGAUUACUGAAGC